AACAAGAGCUUGUUCUCCAGUCUUCAGACGGCCCCUGCUGUGAACUCAAUCAGAGCUGGAGUCCAGCCAAACCCAAACACUGCAGAGCUGCUCCGAGAGGAUGUGCGUAUGUAGUCCUGAGAGCUUUAUCAGGGUGCACUCACAACACAUUCCUGGUGAAUACCAUGAAGCCCAAGUCUCUCUGUGUCCCGCGGCUUGGCCUCUUUGAGGACGUUAGCGGCAGAUACAGGCGGCAGGUCGAUACCGGAGCACCGGAGCAGAGCCUCGAACAGCCGGCGGAGAAGAGGCCCAGAGCUCUGCACUUCACUGUGCUGCAGGAGAGAUCCCCAUACGAGCCCUUAGUGGAAAAUGACAGCCAACACAAACUAAAGGAGGAAAAGAAAGCAAAAAAGAAAGAAAAGUAUAAAAAAUACAGAAAGAACGUAGGAAAGGCUCUUCGCUACAGUUGGAAAUGUCUGAUGUUGGGUCUGCAGAACUUCACUGUGGGAUACUCCACCCCUCUCUCUGCUGCUGCCACAAUUGUUCCAGAUUUCCACCCGGGAGGAGCCUGGGGUUGAGAGAAUCUGCGACCAGCAUUUGUACUUUACUGUCAGAACCCAAAAUCUUCUUAUAUGGAGCAGAUAAUGUUGCACAUCCAGCUGCUGAUUAACAAAUGGACCAUAUUCUGCCCUGGACAGCUCAACCUCUCAUGCUGUAAAUUGUUGUGAAUAUCUGAUUUUUGGAUUUGUGAUAAAGUGGAGGUUGACACAUUGCUAUUGAGAUCUACAGCUAUGCUGUAUAACGUUUUAUACUUAGUUCUAUCUGUGUAUAUUUUGCUAUAAUGAAAUAUUCUUGUAAUAGGCAACUAACAUUUUUACCGAAUCUGUAAUUAUUUUAUGCAUAUAUGCUGGAAGUUGCAAGUGAUGGUCGCCUGAUUUCAUUCCAAAUAUUUUAUUUGCAACUCACUGUAUAGAUGUCAUUUUAACAUAGGUGAAAGUGAUUUCUCUUUAAAAGGAACAUAUGCUCUGUAAAGGGAGUUUAAUGAGCUCUGCAAUGAAAUGUUUUAUUUGUUUACAUUCAUUUCAUGGACAAAAAAGAGGAUUUGCUUGAGAGGAAAUUGAAUGUUCUUAGAGAAGGAAGUAAGAGUAAGUGUUUUCAAACUGUAAUUGGGCAAGAGCUUUAAAAACAAAGGAAGGGAUUAUGAGGAGCCACAACAGGAAAAGACAAUCUGGCACCGGACAGAGAAACGGAUGAGCCAUGACUUGUUUAAUAGGGUUAGUGAAACUGAGUGUCUUUCAUGCUUGUAACACCUGCUUAAAAUGAAUUCCAAGAAAUGUAAUUGAAAAAAUAAGAUAAAAUAAAAAUUAAGAGUUGCACUGUU